AUGGGCUCAUCCUCCACCUACUCCCCCAAGCUCAAGGGCAGAAAGAUGCCCUACCCCCCCGCCUACGCUGCAGACCCCGAGAAGGGCCUGCCCCCCUCCCCCUCCCACAUCGCCCGCCGCAUCUUUGUCCCCCGCAAGCCCAAAUGGGUCCUCGGCGGCAUCAUCAUCGCCGCCUUCAUCCUCUACUACCUCGCCGGGCCUCCUGCACCUCCUCCCCGUCCUGGGCGCGGUGACGGCAAAGGCUGGGGACCAGGGCCGUGGGACGAUGGUGCUGAAGAAUCGUCGUCGACGAGUAGCACAGCCCCGGGCAAGACCUCGAAAUGGAAGGACGUGGUGGUGGACGAGCAUGGCAACCACUUUGUCCGGGACUGGGUGCAGGAUAUCGCUCCCAUGCACCCGGACGUCUCUCUCCUUCCCAAACCUUCCGACAUCUUCCCUGAUCUUAAUGUGUCGUAUUCAGAGCUGCCCUAUGGCACCCCCUUCCCCGAGGAGGACUUGCGCAAAAUCACGUCCGACCCGCCAGACUUGCCCGCCGAGCCUGCCAAUACCAUGCCGCUCGAUGCCUGGUCUCAGCAGUGGAAGGCGCCCCAAGACUGGGAUAACAAGAAGACGGAGGAUAUCAAGAGGGUGCAGUGGGAAGGCUUCGCCGGUGGCCGGGAUAGAUGGGAGAGCGAAAAGGAGAGGAAAGAGCGGGUCGAGAGGAAGGAGGCUGUCAAGAGGGGGUUCAGGCAUGCUUGGGAAGCUUACAAGGCGCAUGCUUGGGGCCACGAUGAGGUCCGACCUGUAUCGUGUACCCCCUCCGAUCCCUUCAAUGGCUGGGGUGCCACCAUCAUCGACUCUCUCGACACGCUCCUGCUCAUGGGCUUUUCUGAAGAAUACAACCUCUGCCGACCUCACAUCAACCAGCUCAAGUUCCAAUGGGUCAACGGCCGCGACUGGUCGCAAGGCUUUGUCUCUGACGAAAUCAACAAUGGAGAGGUCUGGGCUGUCCAGCGAGACAAGGUCACGGGUCUGCCCGUUUUCGAGACUGGUAUCCGCUACCUCGGUGGUCUUCUCGGCGCGUACGAUCUAUCUGGCGACCAGCUGCUUCUCGAUAGGGGUAUUGAACUCGCUGAAAUUCUCUCUACCGCCUUCAAGACCGGUUCUGGUCUGCCGACUGGGCGUAUGGACCCCGGUACUCCCGACGAGAUGAUUCGCCUUGGUACCGUCUCUCUCGCCGAGGUCGGCAGUAUGUCUCUCGAGCUCAUCCGUCUUGCCCAGAUCACUCAAGACAGGAAAUGGUUUGACCUCGCUCAGCGUGCUAUGGACUAUAUCCACGAGCGUGUCAUCCCGCGUACCGUCCACAACCCUCUCAUCCCCAUGUGGUUCCAGCCAGAUGGACCUGUCAACCAGCAGAUCCAUGGCGGUUUGACCUUUGGCGGUUUGGCAGACUCUUACUACGAGUACUUGAUCAAGACCUACAAGCUCCUCUCUGCCAACGAGGUGUCCAAGGUCUGGAAGGAUGUCUAUGAGAGGUCUAUCGACAAGGCCAAGGAGGUGCUCUACGUCGAUAUCGACAUUGUCCCCGAUCACGACCUUUUGGCCGUCGGCAAGCUCGAAAGCGGCCGCCUCAUUCCCGAGCUUGAACAUCUCACUUGCUUUAUCGGCGCCAUGCUCGGCCUCGGUGCCAAGCUCCUCAACCGUCCGGGCGAUAUGAAGGACGCCGAGCGCGUGACAGCCUCGUGCUACUGGCUGUCUGCGAGCACUCCCACCGGCCUUCAGCCCGAAGUCAUGGAGUGGUUUGAGCCCCACCAGGUGGGCGAGAUGUACGAGAAUGUGACGCUCAAUGCCGAGCGAAACCACCCGCUCUUGUAUAGCUCCGAUGACAAGAAGGUGCGGGAUGGAAUGCAUAGGGACACAAGUGGGGUGUUGAGGUGGAAUGGAGAUAAUGAUCCGGUCUUCUAUGCGGAUAGACAGGACAAGGAAAGUGGGCCGGUGGAGUACGCUCAGAGGCUCAAGGGUACUCCCGCGGGUGCCAAAAAGGUGUCUACGAGAGGCCUCAACAGGCCCGAGACUAUCGAGUCCAUCUUUUACAUGUACCGACUCACCGGUGAUAGAAAAUGGCAAGACAAGGGCUGGAAGAUGUUUACUUCGUGGAUGAACGCUUCGACCGUCGACGGCGGCUUUAGCAGUCUUCACGAUGUGACUGCUAAGAAGAUCAAGUUUAGCGACAAUAUGGAAAGCUUUGCUUUAGCCGAGACUUUCAAGUACCACUUCUUGCUCCAGUCCGAGCCCGACGUCUUGUCGCUCGACGACUACGUCCUCAACACCGAAGCCCACCCCUUCCUCGUCAACCCCAAACUCGACCCCACGGCGCACACCUCCCACACCCGCAUGUGGACGCCUCCCCCCAACCACCAAUCCGAAGACUACAUUGCGUCUCUCGGUACCCGCGGGUCGGGAACAGAUGUGCAAAAGUUUGCGAGACUCGAAGUUUUGGAGAGGAUGGGGUCGCCUUUCCAGGGACCGCCUAAUGCAGCAGGGCAAGGUGGGAGAGGGAUGGGGGGUGGGGGAAAGCCAAAGCCAAAGCCGGAACCGCCAAAGCCGCCAGUGAUGCGGUUCAAGCCGGGGGAGAAGCCGGGGGGUCAGAAGUCAUAG